CGCGUCGCGAGUGGUAUUUGCGUCUUCGGUGCGCGUCCAGUGUGUCGCUCCGGCUUGCUAAUACAAAUAAACAACAUGGCUUCAAGAGACCCCGCCUCUGACCAACUCAUCAGUUACAAGAGAUCUCAAAAGGACUCACCGGGUUUUAUAACCACAAAGUUUGGAGCACCUGUGGGCGUGAAGACUGCAAUUCAAACUGUUGGCAAGAAUGGACCUGCACUUUUGCAAGAUGUCAAUUUCCUGGAUGAAAUAUCUGCAUUUGACAGAGAACGUAUUCCGGAACGAGUAGUUCAUGCUAAGGGAGCAGGAGCUUUUGGCUACUUUGAAGUUACUCAUGACAUAACUAAGUAUUCGGCAGCCAAGGUUUUUGAAACUAUUGGGAAGAAGACACCUAUUGCUGUGAGAUUUUCUACAGUUGGUGGUGAAAGUGGUUCAGCUGACACUGUUCGUGAUCCCAGAGGUUUUGCUGUUAAGUUUUACACUGAUGAUGGUAACUGGGAUUUAGUUGGUAACAACACACCUAUUUUCUUCAUCAGGGACCCUACUCUUUUCCCCAGUUUUAUUCACACACAGAAAAGAAACCCUGCCACUCACUUGAAAGAUCCUGAUAUGUUCUGGGAUUUCCUUACAUUAAGGCCAGAGACUGCUCAUCAAGUUUUGUACUUAUUUGGUGACCGUGGUAUUCCUGAUGGAUAUAGACACAUGAAUGGCUAUGGGUCCCACACAUUCAAACUUGUUAAUGCCCAAGGUGUAGCCCACUGGGUGAAGUUCCAUUACAAAACCAAUCAGGGCAUUAAAAAUUUGACUGUUGAGAAGGCAGGCGAGCUUGCAUCUUCUGAUCCUGAUUAUUCAAUCAGAGACCUUUAUAAUGCAAUUGGUAAGGGUGAUUUCCCAUCUUGGACCUUGUAUAUCCAGGUCAUGACAAUGGCUCAAGCAGAAAACUGUAAAUUCAAUCCGUUUGAUCUUACGAAAAUCUGGCCUCACGGCGAUUAUCCUCUUAUCCCUGUUGGAAAAUUGGUAUUGGACAAGAACCCUAAAAAUUAUUUCGCUGAAGUGGAGCAAAUUGCAUUCAGUCCUUCAAAUCUGGUGCCAGGCAUUGAACCUUCUCCUGAUAAGAUGUUGCAAGGACGUUUGUUUGCAUACAGUGACACGCACCGUCACCGUCUUGGAGCCAAUUUCCUGCAGAUUCCUGUAAACUGCCCAUAUCGCGUAAAAGUGGCCAACUACCAGCGUGAUGGACCGCAAGCAAUGGACAAUCAAGAAGGCUGUCCCAAUUAUUUCCCUAACUCAUUCUCUGGUCCCCAGGAGUGCCCACGCGCACAACGUUUACAGCCACGUUACAAUGUCAGUGGCGAUGUUGACCGUUACGACAGUGGACAAACCGAAGACAACUUCUCUCAAGCGACUCUUCUUUACAAGACGGUCUUUGAUGAUGGUGCUAAGCAACGUUGUGUAGAAAACAUUGUCGGAAAUCUGAAAGAUGCUGCUGGAUUCCUUCAAGAGAGAGCCAUUAAGAUCUUCACUCAAGUACACCCUGAUUUAGGCAGCAAGGUCGCCGCUGGUUUAGCGCCUUACAAGAAGUACCAUGCUAACUUGUAAAGCAUGUGUGGUUGUAUGAGACUUACGGGUGCUGUGUUAUUUUAUUUAUAUCACAUUCUGUUUUUUACCAGUUUUAUUGGGAAUAUGGUUUAAAGUACAAUAUUAUGUUUUUUAUUUUAAAUGUAUUUACAUUUUCAUAGCAAUUUAAAGUGUCUGUAAUAAUGUUUCCAUAAUAAUUAGUACUUUAAUAUGGUUUAAGUACAAUAUUAUGUUUUUUAUUUUAAAUGUAUUUACAUUUAAUCAUAGCCAUUUAAAGUGCCUGUAAUAAUGUUUCCAUAGUAAUUAGUACUUUAACUACUUCAUUGUUCAGUUUAAUCUAUUGAAGUUUUAUAACAUUUACAAUAGGUACCUACUUCUUAUAGUGCAUAUUGUUGUACUAUAAUAUUUAUUAGGUAGUUUUUACACUAUUUGUAUUUAUUCACUUUAAUCGACUGAUUUUCGAGUGUUAAUAAUAUCAUAGUAGAAAUAUACGCAAUAUAUAAAAACUUUA